AUGCCGCCGACAGUAAUAUCUUUGGAUAGAAGAGGAUUUUGGGAUCCGAUAACUUCAACCAUCGACUGGUGUGAAACCAAUUAUGAGAUGAGCUAUUAUAUAGCAGAAUUUUGGAAUACCCUGUCAAAUUUAACCUUCAUCUUACCACCGUUAAUUGCCUUUGCUCAUCUUCGCCGUUAUGAGAUUGAUUUUCUAUUUCUUAGUCCAUUAUUGUACCUUUCAUUUGUCGGCCUUGGAUCAGCUGCUUUCCAUAUGACCCUCAAGUAUGAGAUGCAACUAUGGGACGAGAUGACCAUGAUUUGGGAAGCCCUUUUGGUUGGCUAUAUUUUCAUUAAGAUGCUUCAUCCACCAACAGCAGCCAAACGAUCAACCAAAUUAUCGUUAAUCUUUUGUGGUCUUGGCUUAGAAAUAUCCUAUCUUGUUGCUCAUCACGCUAAAGACUAUAUCCUUAAUCAAAUAAGAGAAAACAGGUUAAAAUAAUUUACAAUGAAGAGAUGAUCAAUUAAAGAAAAAAAAACAUUGAUUUUCAUUAGAAAACAAAAACAACAAAAAAAUUUUCUUUCAAACCCAACAUAUGGAAGAUUUUUAUGAUUAGUUUGAACUUCUAUUGGUAACUUUACUCGAUUUUUUCGAUACAAUUUGUUGACAAAACUUUUUUCUCUGAAUAAAAAUUUAGUUUAAUAAUUGA